AUGGGGUUUGAAUUAACAAAGUAUCUCAAGCACCUCUGGAGCCUAAACCAAUGCCCAAGUAACGAAGAAAUAUCAUCCCCCGAAAAAUUCCGACUAUGUCAGAUUCAGAGGCAAGGGAAGAAUAUUACAAUUGAAAUCCCAAGUAACAGGGGACCUGAGACUCUCACCACUAAUAUCAUGAACAAGGAAGAUAUAAGGAGGAGAGCAGUUCUUCUCUGUAAAGGACUUGAAGCCUGGAUGUCAAAUUUAAACAAGAGUACAAGCAACCCCUCCAGGUGGAAGCAGACCAAGUGCCAACUCACCGAUGUAGGAAUCCCUAAUGGUACAAGGAAUGAAGUCAAGUGUCCCCCGAAUGAGCAAAGCGAGUAUUGGAGGGAUUUCACUAGCAACAAGAAGUUAUAUCUUUGGCAAGAGGCACACCGCACCUUUCAAACAUGUGUUGAUAUGAUGAGUAUCUUCAUUCAUAUCUAUAGCCAAUACGAUCGCUCAAGAAUAGAGAGAGCAAGGGAAGAAGGGACCAGUAUAUGUCAACAUCUGAAUAGCAGUCUAGAGACAUGGGCGGACAAGGAAGUAGCAAAGAGGAUAAUGAACGACUGGUUUCUGACUGAUCCCGGGAGGGGAGGCCAAAAUUAUAUAAGCAUGGAGGAUGGGAAGCCCUUGAGUGAAAACCUAAGUAUAUUACUGAAUAAAAUGAGUCUUCUAGUCUCAGGAGUGCAGUGUAGCAGAGUUGAUGAAGAGAAUACCAAUUAUACGGAUAUUUGUGUCUAUAUCGACCCCAAACAAUGUGAGAUGAUGGGAGAACACCAGGAUACUGGACAAGAUAAUAAAUAUCAGGGUCUUAUAGAAAAGGUGGAAAAGAAGGAAACAGACGAAAGGAGAAAAGAGGAAAUAAGGACACAAACAAGGAAAUUUGCCGAAAUCGCUAAGAAGGACGAGGAGUCUUUGAGGGCCCAAGAGGAAGGAGACGGAGGAUCCUUUCAUAUAUAUAUGAUAAUCCCUGGAAUAGUCUUCCCCCUUUUGGGGAUUACCGCGAUGAUAUUCCUAAGAAAGAGAAACAAAUCAACGAGGAUCCAGCAACACCAGUCCAAUAUCUCCUCUAGAAGGGAAGACUUUUCCGCGACUCCAGCCCCAAGAGGACUAAUUAGCUAUAGGACCAAUGACAAGGCCGACUAA